UAUUGUCACCUAGCUAACGACUGUAGUUAGCAGGUGCGUCGCAUUAUAAAUAGUUUGCAUAGCUAACAGUUAUCUACGUAAUGAGUCAACUAGCUACAGCUGGGCUGGCUGUAGUGCAUCAACAAUCAAGUCGUUUUUAUUUGUGUACAUUUAUGCCACGUUCACAAGCUAGUCGGAACUAUAAAACUCGGACAUUUCCAACUUGCUAAUUAGUGUGAACGCGGCAUAUAUUUAUUGACACGCUUUCUCUAAACAUUAACACGCAUCGCUUAUUGUACGUUUUUGGUAACAUACAUUUCAGCGAGAAAUCAUUUUCAAAAAACAAAAGCUUUCAGCCAGCUGUAGACGUGGAAAGAUGCGGGGCAUAGACAUCCUGGAGAACUUUGAGAUCUACAUCCCCAAAGAGGCAGAGGUGAAAAUCACCUCUAUUCUGACUCUGCCAACCUCCAUCUUGAGAAGGAUGGGAGUGCCCCACUCUCAGGGUGGCAGUGCAAAGAGAAUUUCCUCGCCUUUGGCCACGUGGAUCUCGCCAGUGGUCAUCCGAGAGAGAGGCUGUUCACCGGCCAGCCCCACAGUGGAUACAGCCAAGAUUAACCUGACCUCAAUGGUGACCAAGGAACCCAAGGCAGCCCAGGGUCCCUUCUUGAUCCCAUUCGUCUCCUCCAGCGGCACGGCCUUCAAUGUCCUCAGGGAGUUCUUGCCCUCCAGACAGAACUUCCAGCAGGGUACUGACGCCCAGAUUGACCCCCUCCCUCAUGGCCUGCCCCCUCUCCCCCACCAGGAUGCCAUCAUCAUCCACAAGGGGAGGAUCUUCCUGUCAAUCAAGAAAGCAAAGACUAUCAGAGGAAAGAGACAGCACAGCCCUGACCUGAAUAACUUGUCUUCCGAAGCCCCUCAGACCACACAGCGAAAACUGAUCUUCCUCUCACCUGCCAGGAAGAGCCAGAAGAAGUCCUGCCCCGCAUCUCCAAAGCCGUCUCCUAAAAAGCCCCAGGGGAAGUGGGCAUUGCUGCAGAGGUUCGGCCUGACCCACCAAGUCCAGGUGAAGUUGUCCAGAAUCCCCCAGGGGGACAUUGAGCCACAGCAGACUGCCGAACAGGGUCACUCAGCGGAAGAGGAUCAUAACACAGAGCAAGAUCAAGUCAUACGGAAGUUAUUGAACGCCAACAGGUUGUUAAAGGAGACACCUGGCAGAUGUCCUGAACAGGAGAUGGAGUUGGUGACUCAAGAGGAAAACAAGCCUUUGAAUGAGGAGACCCAAGAAUCAUUAUCAAAGACAGCAAAUCGGCACCCUUACUCAAGCGAAGGCUUUCAGGGCAGAGGUGGGAUUACCAGUGAGACAGAUGAUGAUGCUGAGGAGGAGCCUGAGGAAGAGGGAUGUCACAAUUUGGGUAGUGUCAAACAACAACGAGUUGAGGACAAAGGUAUGAGUGGGGCAAAGGGCCAAGCCACCAAUGGGGAUGAGUCUGAGGUGGAAGAUCUCUCUGUUACGGCUGUUGCUUUGAGUGACAGCUUACCUCCACCAGAGGCCCUGAAUGCAGACCAAAGCAGUGAUACGGUUAUGCAAGUUGACUUCACGGGGGACAGUGUUCAGAGUUGGACAGCGGAGUGCCCAAUCAUACCCGCUCUAGCCCCCACCCCCAAACAGCACCAUGGUUUUGACUUUGAGCAUUCGGCCCGUGAGGAGAGGAUCAACCGUAUCAGGGCCAAACUGAGAGAGAGCGAGGCUGCCCUCAACAACCUGCGCUCUCCAAGUUGACUGUCUUCAAAGUGGGAAACAAUUAUUUCUAAGGGCCCUCAGAUGUUGAAUGCCAUGAACGAUUAUUCCACACACUGUGGACAUACAUUCUAUAACUAUUAUAAAAAAAAAAAAAUUGGAACCCAUAAACUUCUCCACUCCUUAUCCUCCAAGACCUGUGAUCCAUCAUCUUUGAUGGGCAAAAAUAUUUUACGUUAGAAAUAACUCUAAUCUAAAUUAUAUAAUUUUAUUAGAAAAUUCAAAAGGACUUUUUACUUUUCGUUUGAUUAUAUCUGAUGUGAAAGCAGCGUUUGUUUGAUCAAACUUGCCCAGCUAUCGAAUUUGAAGAUUAGUUAUUAGAGUUGCAGUUAUUCUUUUAGGGCCGGAUUCAGACUUUUUUUUUACACUUUUUGAUUUACGCAGUUCUCAGUUGUUGGUAUUCAGAAUUGAUGGGCUUUACAGAUGUGGCUCCCUUGCACUCACUAAAUUUAUAUAAUUAAAAUACUGAAACCCCUCCCACUUGCUGGGCAACAGAUUUUCUUGUUGAGGAUUCAUUUAAAUACGAUGUACCUUUAUGUAUAUGUACAUAAAAUAUGUACAUUUUGUGGCGACCAGACCAAAUUCUCAUAGAAAUUUGUUUUAUAGAUCUGUCAUUCUCAUUGAAAGUAAGUCUAAGAAGCAGUUCUGUGCACCAUUUCUAUGCUUCCCGUUCGUAUGUUUAGAAUUUGCGUCUUUCGGUUUUGUACACCAGAUUCAAACCGCUGACAGCUGGUUUAGAUGGUACAAUGGUUUUCUACACCAAACAUUGCUUGUUUUGUCACAAUCUGAAAUAAAGCAAACUUUAAAUUUUA